GCGGAGGCAAUAGAGGGGGGACGCAAGGAGGGAACCGUGGGGAGAAAGGCAGGAAUGGAGGCAUGGGGCGAGGCAGGCAGGGAUGCGGGGAAAACGGGACCGUGGAGGGAAGACAAGGACCUGCCGAGCGGAGAAAGGCAGCCAUCGACCGAGGUGGAGGAAGGCGGGGACGGGGGGGACAGGUAGGCAACAAGGGGGAGAAGAGCCGGCAGGGAUCUGGGGAGCAGAGGAGCGGGAGGGAUACAGACAGGCGAGGGGGCGGGCGGGCGAGCAGGGCCGCCCCCGGCCCCACGUGGCUUGGGGGACACGCGGGUUUAUAAAGCACUCCGGCCCAGCGCGAGUGCGGGAGGAGGUGGCCGCACCGGCCGGGAGCGGGGCUCGAACCUGCGGGGUUCGGAUGCGCGCGGCGGCUCCAGCGGCGCCACGGCCGCCCGCGGGCCAUGGAGCUGCCCAUGGAUGUGACCAUGGAUGUGCCCGUGGAACUGCCCUCGGGGCUGCCCACGGCCACUGCCACCUCCUGGGGCAACGGCACCGCCUGGGCCCCCCUGCCCGGACACGGGGUCAACGACACGGGCCUGCAGCGGGCCAAGAACGCUACAUCCAUCCUCAUCGCCAUCGUCAUCACUGCGCUCUACUCCGUGGUGUGCGUGGUGGGGCUGCUGGGCAACGUCCUGGUCAUGUACGGCAUCGUCAGGUACACCAAGAUGAAGACAGCCACCAACAUCUACAUCUUCAACCUGGCACUGGCUGAUGCACUGGCCACCAGCACACUGCCCUUCCAGAGCACCAAGUACCUCAUGGAGACCUGGCCCUUUGGGGAGCUGCUCUGCAAGGUCGUGCUCUCUAUUGACUACUACAACAUGUUCACCAGCAUCUUCACCCUCACCAUGAUGAGUGUGGACCGCUACAUCGCCGUGUGCCACCCGGUCAAGGCCUUGGACUUCCGCACGCCGGCCAAAGCCAAGAUCAUCAAUGUCUGCAUCUGGGUGCUCUCCUCCCUCAUCGGGGUGCCCAUCAUGGUCAUGGCAGUCACCAAGUCAAAAGAUGGUAUGGUCCUGUGCACUCUCCAGUUUCCUGACCCUCCCAUCUACUGGGACACUGUGACCAAGAUAUGUGUCUUCAUCUUUGCCUUCUUGAUCCCCAUUUUGGUCAUCACCAUCUGCUAUGGGCUGAUGAUCCUUCGCCUGAAGAGCGUCCGGCUCCUCUCAGGCUCCAAGGAGAAGGAUCGCAACCUGCGGCGCAUCACACGCAUGGUGCUGGUGGUGGUGGCAGCCUUCAUCAUCUGCUGGACACCCAUCCACAUCUUCGUCAUCGUCUGGACGCUGGUGGACAUAGACAAGAAGAACCCCUAUGUGGUGGCCAGCCUGCACUUCUGCAUAGCUCUGGGCUACACCAACAGCAGCCUCAACCCUGUCCUUUAUGCUUUCCUGGAUGAAAACUUCAAGAGGUGCUUCCGAGAGUUCUGCCUGCCUUUCCGAGCUCGUGUGGAGCAGAACAGCUUCUCCCGCGCCAGGAACACCACGCGGGAGCACGUCUCCACCUGCACCGCUUCUGAAGCCCGCAACAAGCCGGCAUGACUAGACGUGGGCAGCCCCCAGCGGGGCUGCCAGGGACACAGAGGAGAUGAGCUGCGCUCAGAAGUCACCCAGGUCACCACCACAGAGUUGUAGCAGAAUGGUGGGCUGGGUGCUGCUCACUAACACUGCUGGGUUUGCAUACAGACUAACUGCAAAAACAUUUUGCAUUCUGAUAAAGAAAAAUGGGAGAAUUGGGACUCACCAAAUGAUGUAGGGCUCUCCUACAGAGAGAACAAGAAGCAAGUUGGGCAAAUAUGCUCCACUGAUGCCAUCUCCUCAACCAACAACACCACCCAGCAGAGGCUGUCACCCUCCAACAUGUGGCUCUUGGCAGAGCCCAGAGCACCAGAACUGCAAUUUCCACAUGCUUAUCCUCCUGCACAGGCCAGGAUGACACCACAGCCCAUAGCAAGAGGGGAAACACUCACAUGGCAGAAAGGAACUGUGCCAGGAGGUGAUCAUAGCAUCACAGAAUCAUUCAGGUUGGAAAAGUCCUCCAAGAUCAUCAAGUUCAACUGUUCUUCUACCACUACAAAGGCCACCACUAGCCUAUGUCCCAAGUGCCACAUCCACGCAGUGAUGGUUAAAUCUCUUUGGUGAUCGUUAACUCCACCAUUGCCCUGGGCAGCUGUGCCAGGGCUAGACAACCCUUUCAAGAAAGAAACAUUCCCUAAUAUCCAGCCUAAUCCUCCCCUGGAAUGACUUGAGGCCAUUUUCUCUGCCACAUCACGGGACCUCAUUCCAUCCCACUCUGAGCUAUGUCCAAAGGACAACUGGAGAUGGGAAGAAAAACUUAUGCCACUUCAGAGACAGUUUUCAAAAAGCUCCAGAUCCAUUGUAAAAAUUCUCCUGGAGUUCCUCAAACUGGGAUUAUUCCCAGUGAAAGCUUUCUACUGUUCAUGUCAUUGUUAGGUUAGUGUUAUUUAGAGACCUCUGACUGCAGCUAAGGCGGCCCUGGACAUGGAUGUGAUGCUGGGCUGGAAAACUGUGGGCAAAUCCUAGUGCAAGCGAGCAGCACCGGGAGAGCCUGCCCUGACUGGGCCGUGCUUUAGCCAGCGGGCUCGGAGGGAACUCUUUGUGUACUUUUAUAAAUAUAUAUGUAUGUCUGUCUAUAGCUGUAUGAAACUAAAGAGACCCCAAGGCCUCCCAUCACACCUCCCACUACAGAAGCUGCUACGUGUGUGGUGGAGCUAAAUAUGCCGGAUCCCUAGCAUCUCACAAAGUACUUCAGACACUAUCUCCAGCUCCAACCCUUGGGAUAUUUGCCUUACUGUGGCAUUUCUGUACAGGCACCCUGCUUUCUAAAAGUUCAAGAAAAAUAAAAUCGAAGAUAGGAAGCAAUUUCCAGCUCUCUUGCGACUCACAGGCAUCAAAAAUGAGCAAGGUUUAGGCUGACUUUGGAAUUGCAUUAAUAUGCAGAUGGAAAUGAAGGGAUCUGGCUUUCCUGGGGAGGACAGCAACAAGAACUCUCACCUUCCUGACCCUGGAGCAGCCUGGGGUGGACCCAGGCUCUCAGCUCAACAGAGAUGCUUGUCUUGCAAUUCAUCAUUUAAUAGGGAAAGAAAAUAACUAUGAAUAAUUCCUAGAGGAUUUUUUUUUUCUCCUUUCAGAGUUACAAAUUCUGCUUAAUUUGUGCUGUUUUAUUCCCUGAGCAAAUGGGAACAGGAGGAACAUGCAGGGAGGGGAUGUCUGGGACGCUGUGUGAGCACUGGAGCUCCUCCAGGCAGGGAAAGAGCCAGGAUCCCCCUCUCCAGUUCCCAGGAGUUGAGUGAACCAUACGAGACUUUCCUUAUUUUUGGCCUGUUGUAAUGGGAAAGGAACCAGGAUGUCAGCAGUUUGGGAAGGGGACAGAGACACCACCACAUCACUAUUUCAGCCCAAUUCUCAUCCGAAAGAGAACCAAGACACCCUUCUACCUAGAGCCACACCAGAACACUGCACAUGGCAGUUAUCCUGGGAUAUACUGGUCAGGCAAGAGCCUCAAUGAUUGGAGAGACAGCCCAGUACAAUGACUAAACCAUCAUUAAACCCCAUCACAGGCAGCUUGGCCAUAAUUAAAGCUCAUUUCCUCUUCCAGGCAGGAAAGGAAUAACAAGAAAACAAUCUGAAUAUCCUCCAAACCCUCCUGAAGAUGCAAUUCUCUCCCUGUAGAUCCAGCAGCACCACUGCACAGGCAGAAAUUUUCUAUCUAAAACAGGAACAUGUUAAAAAAACAUGAAAAAAAUCCCUCACAAACAACACUCAAAGUGCUUUUAAUCUGAGCCCAAAAGAUCUUCACACUGCCAGGCCUCAUCCUCCAGGGAUGCUAAAGCCCUCAAAUACCACUUUCCCAGCUUUUGUCUGUAAAGCAAAAGCCUUUUAUGCACUUCCAAUAGCAACAGAUGGAGACCAGAGUGUGGAGCUGCCAGCUGGUGAUGAGGGAGAGUCUGGAGGUGUCAGUGCUAGAAAACCUCCCCCACUGACUAUGGCUGGAUCCUGACACAGCCAGGGGUCCACUCCACAGGACCCAAAUUCCUCCUCCUAAUCCUCAAAAUGCCCCCAGUUCACUCUGUGAGCACAAAACCUUGUUAAUGAGACAUUUCCCUUCGCUCAAUUAAGCUGUUUUCCUCCAUCCACCCUCUCCCCCCUGUGUGGGGGCUCAUCCUUCCCCCAGUUUCCAGCAGCUUCCCACUGAAGUGUCACUGGUUCCCAAGACAAUUGCUUACUCAUCAGUUCUGAAUAUUUUAAAUCUUAUUGUUCUCUCCCAGUCCUUUUCCCAUGUUUCUUCAAUAUACCAACAAGCUUCCCAUUCACAAAGACAUGUUUUCCCCUUCCCAGAAACAGGAACAGCCCCUCAGGGAUGGGUACAAUCCCAUCUUCUUUAGUAAUGAUCUGGGUUUUCUCUGCACCCACAGGAGCUGGAACAGGGAAUUGCAUUGGCUCCUGGCAGGAUCCAACCCUGUUGUGUCACACCACUGAUACGGUUCCUGCUGCCCAAAUGCGGGAGAUAGAUGCAAAAACCUGCCAAGGUAGGGGAUAGGGAGGAACUGGGAGCACUGGGAUGUGGGAUCUCCCCAGUAGCUGAGGCUGGUUUUGGAUAAAUAUUGUUGCUGGGAAUCAAGCCUAAGUGAAGAGCAGUUUCUGCAUCAGGUAUCCAGUAGGUCACAUUUCAUUGAACGGUAUCAAAUGGUGAUGGUCCCCAGGGAGCAAAAUUAGCCACAGGAUUAGAGAGCACUUGCCCAUGGCUCAGCCUGCAGUGACAGCAAAAUAUGGGCUUGAUCCCUCACAAUACAACAUUCCCUGUGGGCCCACAUCCCAAUCUUUUGCUUAGAGGUAAAAAUAAAGUCCUUUGCAAGCCCAGGACAGCAAACCCACCUGAUGGGAUGCGGGUGCCCCCAGCACCCCAGAGCUGGACCCACUGAGGCCAUCCCUGAGUGUAAAUCCAAUUUCAUCCCACAUGGGAGCAGCAGAGCUGCUCUCAGCGCCCAGGCUCACUAAGGAACCUGCUCCUGCCCAAAUGAAUUAAGUGUAAACAGCGACCUGGGGCUCCAGUCACACCAGGAUGUAGGAAUUUGCCCCGUGGCUUCCAGUCUCCACACACAUCUGGCUCAGCUCCAGCUGGGAGCACCCUGCACGGACAUGCCAGGAUCCUUCCAGGUGUGCCACGGGCUUGGCUGUGUUCCUGGAGACCCAAAGAUACGUGGGGUGACCAGUCAGCCAGGCUGGGAACUGAAGGGGGUGACAGAGAUGACAGGGACCAUGCCCUCUCUCCGCCCCAGCUCUCCCAGUCCCGCGGCCCCACGGCUGCCACCUGGCGGCCACAGCUGGGACCAGGACAGCGCCCCGAAAGGAGACACCUGUCCCGACUGUCCCCACGGGAGAACUGCCCAGCCCUCCAAAGCGCAGGAAAAGCCUGGGUUUAUCAAAACUCAGUUUAUUCCAAAUUUAAAAGAUUUUUUUUUUGUCCUUUCUGCCUUGAUUAAUCAACCAAAAUACAUUUUCUUUUUUAAAAAAAUCCAACCCCUUUGGAACCAUUGUAUAACCCCAGACACCCUUCCCCAGCCACAACCCCCCCUCCUAUUGCUACAAUUAACUUUUUGCAGAGCCCUCCUCACUCCAGGCACCUGGAAGGUACCUCCUGUAAGGAGAGGAUGGAGCAGGCUGGGCACAGGAAUCAAGACCAGUUGGAUCAGGGAGGCAACGGGAAGGAGGAGUGCUGUUGUUUCCAGCAACUCCGUGCAUAGCUACGGUCUGGGUGUCUGCUCAUCCAGGCCCUAACAGCAAAUGAACCUCCUUCCUUAACAAGUGAAAGAGAAAAAAUUAAAGUAACAGUGUUCCCACCGGUGGGAUGGAUUUGGUUGGGUUUCCAAAGGCAAUGGCAAAGAGGGAGUGGCCAGGACUGGGAACAGUAGCAUGAGGCAGCUGCUCCAGGCCAUGGGGAGUGGGGAAUCUGCUCCUGGCCUGACUGCCAGGCAGGGGCUCAGCUUGAGGGAGGGCUCAGCUUGAGGGAGGCAGGAGCCUCCAGCGGUCACACUGUGCUAGGCAUCAUCCAACAGCAUUCUCCCUCACCAGGCAGAAUUUCCCCACAGCAGUCACAAGCUCUGGAUUAGAGGACAGAGCUUCCUGGGCACAUUCCUGCUGGACUCAGAUCCACCCGGAACAGGCUCAGAGGGGUUUGGGGGGUGGCAGCAGACAAAUCCAGAGGUGAUUUAGGUGAAGGGGCUGGAAGAGCAUCCAGAUGUGGGGGACAUGGGGACCUCAGGGAGACUAUUACCCAAACCUGAUUGCAGAGUAAAGAACAAAACCCUCAGCUUUGCUGGGCCAGGAAAUGUUAAAAAAAAAAAAAAAAAAAA